CAAUGUUAUUCAGAACAGUAGAAACGGUCAACCUGUAUAGACGUAUAUUUUCGGUAUUUUUUUCUUUUUCAUUUGUUUCAUUACAUAUAUAUAUAUAAUUCGGGUGUGUUGUGUCUUUUGAACAGAAUUUAUUUGGAUUUUUUUUAUUUGUUUGUGAUAUUUCACUCAUUUUACGUAUUACGUGUGCAAAUUCCGUGGUGUACGCUGUACGCGACAUUAUUCAGCUCAAACAUGAACUAAUCAACAUUCGGACAUAAAAUUUGUUUCGAGCCACUGCAAUCAAGCAAUACCGAUCUAUAGUAGUAAAGUUUAGUCAAUGGAUUGUUUUUAUUUUAAAUUAUAAUAGAAAAAUCAUCGUAUUCGUUGUUGUGUACAUAAGUGAAAACGAAAAAAAAAAAAAAUUCAAACAAAUCUCAACAACUUAAAACUACAGUAUUGGAAUUUAAUUUAGGUUUUUUUCCUCAAAAUCAUAAACGAUGAAUUUCAAAGUGAAACAUAUAACUUUUGUGCUAUUGAAUUUGUGUGUUAUCUAUGGAAAUUCACACACAGCACAAAAGUCAAAUAAUAAAGUGGACGAUUCGAAUCCAUUCCUCGAUAUUGCCACAUCAUUUUUACAAGAAACAUUUGCCAAUCAACAAGGCGGUCGUGGUGGCAGUGGCAAUGGCAUUGGUACCAAUGGCAUUGCUGGCAUCGCACAAUUGAUCGGAAGUUUAGUUCAACAAGAUGGAUCGAAAUCAAAUAAUGGCGGUGGUCUUGGUGCUGCCCAAAUUUUAACCGGACUCAGUCAAUUGAUGAACGCCAAUAAUAAUAAUGGCGGUGGAUCUGGAUUUGAUCCAUCGAUUAUUGGCAAUGUCAUUGAAAUGUUCACAUCGGGCGGUGACAAUGGUGACGAUGAUGAUGAUCAACCACAAGUAAAACGUCGAAAACGAUCAAAUAAUUCGGCUGGACAAGACGGUGGUAUUGGUCUUGAUACCAUUUUAAAUAUUGCAUCGGCAUUCAUGGGAAAUACAAACAAUGUUGAUAGUCAAGGUGAUAAAUCAAAUGAAGGUUUAAUGAGCCUAUUGCCAAUGGCCAUUCAAGCGAUCAAUUCAUUCAACGGACCGGCUGGAGAACAGGUGCAUGCAAAGCACAAAGACCAUCAAUGGGUGUUGCCACCAUUUUUGGAGCGGAUACAUGUUAUGUGGGAUCAUUUCUCAAAUUCUGAAUUGGCCGAAGCUCUUUGGGAAAAAUCCGGUGUCAAUCAAAUAUUCAAAGGUUUCACCGGUCGUGAUGGCAAAUUAGAUUAUGAUAAACUAUUUAAUUCAUUACACAAUCAAGCAUUCCGACGAAGAUGGCUUAAAGCAGCUACACUUUAUUUAUCCGACUGGGUCAACUAUAUUGCCGAACCAGAAGUGUACAAACGAUAUUUUACUACGGCACAAUUGAUGGCUAAUGGAUUUUUAACUGCACAAGGAAUACCACCGCAUGCUUUAUUCGAUCCACAUCGUCCCAGCGAAAGUUUAGCCAAUUUGUUUGAUUUUAUUGCUCGCGAACAUUUGCACACAAAAAUAUCGACAAUUGUAUACGUUAAACCGGCUGUAACCUAUGUAAAGGAUUUAGUAAAAUUGGGAAAAGCCCGUGGUUUAUUACAAAAAUUCAAUGCAACGGAACUCAGCGACAAACUCACCGACACCGUUAAUCUAGAGGUUAUCGAACCAGUUUUGAAAGUUCAUCGUGCCUAUCGAUUUGCAUCUCGUUCACCGCAAUGUGAUAAAUACGUAUUGUGUGAAGUGAAUUCACAUGAUCCCAAUGAGACGCUCGGAUUGGCCGGUUUUAAAGCUGGAAUUACGAAAUUCAGUAGCAUGGCCGCGGCUUGGUUCAUUGGAAACGAAACGGGCACACCAUUUUGGACACUUUUCAGUAUCAUUUCCGAUCCAUAUGAUUGUCAACGGCGCUAUCCAGUCGACUGCACUGGUUUUCAUGAAGGUGAAGCGAAAGUAUCAACAGAAUACAUGCAUAAUGAACUCUAAGAACUUUACAGUUUUAAUUAACACCGAGAAUCGCAUAAAAAGAAUAAAUUCAAAACUGAUUUCAAAUAAUCGAAAUCAUUAAAAAUACCAACAAUGGAACGCAGAUAAAAUACAAAAUAACAUUGAACAACUUUAAUCGACAAAUUGCGAUGAAUUUUGUUGAUAUAUUUAUAAAAUAUUUUUGAUGUGACACUCACAAUCCAUGGUCUAUUCACUUUCUAUUCAAAUAAACAAAACAAAAAAUGCAAAUCAUUCGAGUGCGACAUGUGCCUCUAAUUAGGGAAAUUGAAAUUAAGCAUAAAGAUCUGUUGAUAUUGGCACUAUCAUUGAAACAGAAUCUAACACCUCCAAGAAUAUAAAUUUUAGUCGUAAUUCUCAUAUUAAAUAAUUUGUCAUUGUGUGAUAAGCCUGUUUAUAUACCUAUAUUUAAAAAAAAAAACAUACAAACGUAAUUUAAAUCGAACAAGACA